UCUCUCCAACCCCUCCUCUUCCUGUCUCCCAGGGCAGCAGCGAUGACUCUGAGGACAGUACUGUUGUCCCUCCAGGCUCUUCUGGCUGCAGCGGAACCAGACGACCCCCAGGAUGCAGUAGUGGCCAAUCAGUAUAAGCAGAACCCAGAGAUGUUUACGCAGACAGCCAGGUUAUGGGGCCAUUACUACGGGGGAGCCCCUGUUCCCGGACCAGAAUACACACGGAAGAUAGACAAACUCACUGCCAUGGGCUUCGAAAAGAACGCUGUAAUCGCUGCCUUGUCUUCUAAAUCCUGGGAGGUCGAGACGGCAACAGAACUCCUCCUUAACAACUGAGACCCGGCAAGAAACCCCCCCCUGACCUCAUCUCCUUACGGUGCCCUCCGAUGCCUGCUCACCACAGCCCCCCCUCCCCCACAAUCCCUCUGACCUCAUCUCCUUACGGUGCCCUCCGAUGCCUGCUCACCACAGCCCAAACGGAGCCUCGACUGGGGUUGAUGUCCUAGAGUUUCCAGCCCUGCCCGUCCAAGUCACUUCCUGGUAUCCUUUCAGCCCCCCCUCCCCCACAAUCCCUUUCUUUUGGUUCUUCCCUUGAUGAACUCUUACUUUUCGUCUCUUAAGAACCCCGACGUUGAACCACUGUCACCUGGUGGAGCUAACUGGCUGAGAGAGACGGGAGGACGAGGAUUCAUCUGUAAAUAAAUAUUAGUUCUUCACAAAUACCCAGCGGAAUACUUUAUUCUUCCUGGAUAUUGUAAAAAAAAAAACACACACAACAAAAAAAAAAACGUCAACUGUGUUUCAGUUUUAGUCACGACGAGAAGGAAAGAAAUUGCCUCGCUAACUAUUUUGGUUGGCCCGACCAGGGAGUUCGUCCGAAUGUCCCGAUGAAGUGACGCCUGCGUCCCCCCCCCCCAAAUCCCUCUCACGCUCCUCUUUCCCAGACGAAUCCUGUGCACACAGUCUCUUUCUCGACGAAGAAGAUACCUCUUCAUCAGCAGAGAAGACCACCGACCUUCCGGCUGGAUCUAUAUUUUAUAAAGAAAGAGGAAACAAAAGGACUCUUCCCUCUCUUCGCCGUCUUCCUGUUCCACUUCAGCACGAUGACGACGGAGAAGAUAAAGAACUGCACGACAGAGGAGAGACCCCCACCCCCCCAAUAAGGCUCUGGCCAAAAGUAGUGCACUGUAUAGGAGAUAAACAAAAUGGCAGCCUUUGUUUUCAAACUCCGUCGGGAGUUAUCAGUUUUGGAUUUGUUUUCUGAAGGAAACAGCAGCCGUCAGACCUGGGUUCAGAUGCUAUUUGAAAUCUUUCAGCUUUAGUUUGCCAGAUGGGAGGGGUUUGGAGUAUUUUAUUGGCUCGUGAAGUAAACUCAAUCUAGCACAGAAAAGGGGUUUUGAAAUGAUAUUGAGUGGUGUUUGAACCCGGGUGUGGCCGGCGUACAAUCACAUGAUUAUUUAAUGUGAGACUGUCAACGUUUACUUUUAUUAAAAAAACAACCUGGAAAAUCUA